CAAAGCAACACAUAAUAAUAAACCACACAUUCUAUAAUUCCACUUACCUCUGUUUUUCUUUAUGGAACUGAACAAUCCUAAACCAAACAUGUUAGAAAAAAAGAACCUUCUUUCAACUCUUCUAAAUGCAAAAAUCAUAGGAUCAGGCACAGAAACAAUAGUAUUUGCUCAUGGUUAUGGAACAGACCAAUCAAUAUGGGAAAAAAUCACACCUUUUUUAACAGAGAAAAAUUAUAAUAGUAGUGUUGUUGUUUUUGAUUGGCCUUUUUCUGGAACUGUGAAAGAUGAAAAUCUUUAUGACCCUUUAAAGUAUUCUUCAUUAGAAGCUUUUGCAGAUGAAUUGAUUAAUUUAUUGGAUGAAAUGGAGAUUAAAGUUGUUAACUUUGUUGGUCAUUCUAUGUCUGGUAUGAUUGGUUGCUUAGCUUCCAUUAAAAGACCUCAACUUUUCAAGAGGCUUAUUCUCCUUGGUGCUUCUCCAAGAUAUAUAAAUACAGAUGACUAUGAGGGAGGAUUUACAAGCUCAGAUAUUGACAAUUUAUUGAAGAACAUAGAAUUCAACUUUGAAAAUUGGGUUUCUGCUUUCUCCUUAAAUGUAGUGGAUCCAAAUGAUGAGUCAUCAUUGAACAAAUUCAAAGAAUGUUUGAAAAAAAUGAGAGGUGAAGUUCCAUUAUCCUUAGCCAAGACUGUGUUUUGCAAUGAUUAUAGAGAUAUACUUGAAAAAGUUGAAACUCCUUGCACCAUAAUUCAAUCUUCUAGUGACAUUGUUGUUCCAUAUAGUGUAGCUCUCUAUAUGGAGAAGAAAAUUAAAGGGAAAGUUACAUUAGAGGUAAUUGACACUAUUGGACAUUUUCCUAUGCUAACUUCUCCACUUCAAUUAGUUGAUGUUCUUAAGGGUGUUUUAGGGUUUGACCUCCCUUAAAUUUAGCCAUGUCUGAUGUUGUAUGUGUAGAGUUAUUUUCGAUUUGAUUUCUUUUGUCGUAUUUAAUUUUAGA